AUGCCCGAGGAUCCGCUCACGGAAUGUAAGCCCUCGAGGAUUGUGGCUCUUUACAAGGUGGCACAACGAGAAGCUCCCGAUGUCUUUCAGGCCUUAUGGAUUCAAACGGCAGUUCGCCUCCUUUGCAUGGUUCCCACCAUGGUCCUCAUGGCCUUUGGCUUUUGGUGGGGCCAUGAAUAUUGGUCCAAGCUCACCAAGGGCAACUCCCAAACGUAUUUGCUGGCCAACGUUCCCCUUGGACAAGGCGAGCCACGAGACGUCCAGAUGACGCAUAUGUCGCAGCCACUCAUGGUACAAGCAUGA